AGUUUUGUAACCAGAUACCCAGGGAAGAGUUCAGGAAUAUUUUGAACAGGUGUGAAAUACCCAGGCAGUUGCAGUAGUUCACAAUAAGUUGGGACUAAAAUGGCAUUGGAAGACCAGAUUCUGUUUAAAGGUCAUGGCCAGCCAUUCUUUAAAUGCUGGAAACCAGAUUCAGUUUACUCUCUCGCACCUGAUGAAGGGCUCAAAUCCUAUCAACUUUCCUAUAAUAUAGUAAGAACUGUGCACAUAGAUGACUACCUAGAAAUUGAUAAUGCCAAACACAUGAAAUCAUAUCCCUUGACAGAACAUACUCACACACACUUACUGAACAAAGUACCUGGUCUGUGUGGGCUCUGGUAUGGCAUCAGUGUUCCGAAUGAUGGUCAGAAUAAUUGGUAUGGAAAUGUGAGUUUUACAGUCAACUUAAGGAGUGUCCUCAAGAAAAUACGGAAUUUCAACAUAUAUUUUGUGGAAGUUGUUGAUUAUAAUACUAGCAGUGCAUCAAGGCUUCUGAUAACCACUGAAAGGUAUCAGCUACCUCUUUAUAACCCCCGCAUGUGGGGAGGUCCCUGGUUCAGUGAUGGAAGAGGAAAAGAUUGGUUCCUGACUGAUGCUCGUAGGUAUGAUGGCAGAUGGAAUUUAAAUGGUCAUAAAGUAGAAUUGUUCUUCGUUAUUCCUGAUAACCUGUUUGGUCCUUUGUUUGACAUGUCAAGGAUAGACCCCGUCAACCAUUCUGAAGCCAAUGAUGGUAUAUGUAAGUGCAAGAGAUUCAGAUCAGGAAAAAGAUGGACUGAAUGUCCAUACCCCUUGUCCAAGGAGGAGACAAGAGAAUUGAUAGGAUAUUGAGAUUGACCAUUUUGUAACUUUCAGAUGUGUGAUGUGUAUCACAAUUGUACAAGACUUUUUUAUUAAUUUUUUAAUUGUUAAUUUAGCUAUACAUAAGUGUAGUAUAAUUGUGAGUUAUGCACUUUAUACAGGGUAUAGCAUUAAGUAGGAGCUGCUUAUACAGUCUUCCUGAGGUUCAAGUUCAGUAUGAUAACCCAUAUUAGAAAGAAAAGAGAAUGUAGAUAUUUUCAGUAUACUUUAUCUAGAUAUGCUGUAGCUAAAACAGAAUUAUGACAGAUGAUGUACUUUAUAAUGUGGGUUUAAUGUUCUCAAACUAGUAUAUAUUCAGCUCAAUUUUUUGUUUUACUUGUUUGUUCAUAAAUAUACAGUACAAGUCUUAUAAGAUAAAGCUCAGUUAGAUUUCAUAAAUUUUAGUAAGAUUAGGUCAGGUUUCUUAAUUAAU